GAGUAAAAGUUAACAAAAUAAUUAAAGUAAUUAAGAAAUAGAGUCUGGUGAAAAUCUUUAGUAAUUACUCUUCAAAUUACUGUGAAAUGAGUCUACAAUUGACACGAGAUUUUUGAACGAUUAUAGUAUAAACUAAUACUUGAGCUUUGCUGAAGUGAACCCCAGCUUGCUUAUCAAUGGUCAAUGAAUAUAAAAAGUUUACACACCUCUGUUAAAAUUGCAGGUUUAUGUGAUGAACAUCUAUCGAAUGCAAGUUCAGCCCUUUUACCUCCUUAAUCUGUCCUGAAAUAACGAGGAAACAGGUCACACCUGACCAGGAAACUGCUUAUCAGUCAAUUGUCCAAUUACUUCUGAGCCUAUAAAAAUGGAAGAUCUAUCUAUCUAUCUAUCUAUCUAUACAAAACUGCAACUUAACAAAAAGCAAAAAAAUAAAUAAAUAGAUUACAUUAACUCAGAAGUCCAAAGAAACAUCACAGAAAGUGUGUGUGUGUGUGUGUGUGUGUGUGUGUGUGUGUGUGUGUGUGUAAAAGUCUAUGAUUAAGCACAUCAAAUGACUGCUGAGCCUCACACUGAAUCUUUUGUCUAGAUGAUGAUGAUGUCACUACCGUGCAAGGAGGAUAGAGGUCCUGUGUGUGUGUGUGUGAGCUUUGAGUUUCCUGGGCGUGUUGGUAAACUGCACACUGUAAGUCUGUCUGCUUUUACGUUCAUUUUAUAAGAGGUUAGGGAUUUUCUGACACUUGUUAUUCUUUUAAUUUAUUUUUUUGUUUUGUUUGUACACGUGGAGGCUUUAAGGCAAUUUCUUACAUGUGAAAAUUUAAGAUGCUCGCGUUGGGAGUUGUGCUGUUCUCUUUGCUGUCCCUCACCUCAGCCAGUAAAGGAGGUCUGAGUGGGAAGGUUCUCCUGUUCCCGUAUGAGACAGAUUUCAGUUUUGUGAAGCUCUCUCCCCAGAAGCCUCUCUCUCUUGCAGCGUUCACGCUGUGCAUGCGCAUCUCUACCGAGCUGCAGGACGAGCGACAGGUCAUCCUCUUCGCGUAUCGCACCAACAGCACAGACGAGCUCAACGUGUGGCGCGAGAAGGACGGAAGGAUCUCGUUCUACCUGGGUGGAGACGGUGCGCUUUUCCGCCUCGCGCCCCUCUCCAGCUUCCGCACUCACCUGUGUCUGACGUGGGACUCCAGCACCGGUCUCACCGCCUUCCACAUGGACGGACGCCGCAGCACACGACAGAUCUACAAACCGGGCCACAAGAUCCGUCCACACGGCACCGCCCUGCUCGGCCAGGACCCUGACACACACCUGGGAGGCUUCGAGGUGAUGCAGAGCUUCGUGGGCGAGAUGACGGACGUGAACAUGUGGGACUUUGCGCUGUCACGCAUGCAAAUCAGCGCUCUGUACGCCAACCUGAAACACAGAGUGCCACGUGGAAACGUGUUCGACUGGAGCACCGUGAAGUACGAGAUCCACGGCAAUGUUGUGGUGGUGCAGGAUGACUGAUUACACACACACACACACACACACACACACACACAGCAAUGUAGCUCUAAUACUAUAUCUUCUGAGUUCCAAUAUGUAAUUGGCUUGUGUCUUACAUUCAUACAUACACACUGAUGAUAACAAGAAUAAUAAUGAUAUUUACUAAAAUAAUCAAGACAAAUGUUAACACACACACACACACACACACACACACACAGCAAUGUAGCUCUAAUACUAUAUCUUCUGAGUUCCAAUAUGUAAUUGGCUUGUGUCUUACAUUUAUACAUACACACUGAUGAUAACAAGAAUAAUAAUGAUAUUUACUAAAAUAAUCAAGAAAAUGUUAACACACACACACACACACACACACACACAAACACACACGCCAUUGUGAAUUGUACUGUGUUGUCAAAAUGUUAACAGAUAAUUAAUAAAAGUGUGUAAGGCUGACUAAGAUGAGUUAUAAAUAAAAGCAAUACCGCUUAUAACCACAAUGUGGCGCUGCUAAGUCACAAACAGCUGCAACUGCAAAACCACUUAUCGCCAGUUCUCACGUGAAAAUAAUGACAAUAAUGACUAUUUCUACUUCAAAACAAUGCAUGAAUAUUAAUUACAGAACAAAUAAUUACAGAAUAAUUAUACUGACGUUACAAACAAACAU